AUGGGCCACAUAGCCACAUGCGAGAGUGAUCCUCACCAGGUGCAGAUGCUGAUGCAGAUGUGCCGCGAAGAUGAGCAGGGAAACGUGCUUUACGAAGAGUUCCCCAUGCUGCUGCAGCGGCUGCGCAUUGAUGCCCUGCACAACGCGCUAGUGGAGACUGACGUUGCAAUGCUGAGGAUGCAUCUGAUUCUCUUGGCGAGGCGGCUUGGCUUGCCCUCCGACAACAUCAUGCCCGUGUGGGAUUUGAGGAACGUCCUCUUAAGCGCCGACCAGCUUUGCUUAUCGCGGAUGCAGAUACACAUCAUCCUCAGCAUCGUGCACCCCGAUGAGCACGGCGACGUGGAGUUCGGGUACUUCCUUCGCGUCUGCUGCACGGUGAUCCCGUGGAUGUUUGACACUUCCGCCUUCGCAGAAAAAGCUGCCACCAUCGCAAAGGAGAAGGCAGAUGCCUUGGCGAAGCAAGAGCUCGAGGAGCUGCAGGGCCUCUCCAGCAGCCUUGCAAACAAGAAGCGUGGCAUGGACGAGGAAGAUCAGGAGGACACGCAGCAGAAUGAUUUCGUUGACUUUGCAUGUCGGGCGUAA